GUGUUAGUAGAAGAAGAAAAGCGGCAGUAGUUUGUCAUGCGCAUGGCGCUAACCGAACAAUAAUUUAUCCUAAUUUCAGAACAGGGUUUUAUUUUGUGCUGUAUAAAUAUUUUGCAGUAGUUUUAUCCUUAAAUAAAGUGUUUCUUUGUAAUUGUUUAGAUAUUUGAAGAUGGAGGCUGAUCUGUAUGACGAGUUUGGGAACUACAUCGGUCCAGAGCUGGAUUCUGAUGAUGAUGAAGAUGACGUGGAGGCAGAGGACAGAGAUCUAGAUGAGCGUGAUGAUGAUGAUGAAGAUGAGCCUGCAGAUGCUGAGGAUGAUACCCCAGGCAUGGAGGUGGUCCUCCAUGAGGAUAAGAAGUAUUAUCCGACUGCAGAAGAGGUUUAUGGGCCAGAGGUGGAAACUAUUGUCCAAGAGGAAGACACACAACCCUUAACAGAGCCCAUCAUCAAGCCGGUGAAGCACAGGCGUUUUGCUCUGAUGGAACAGGAGCUGCCUGCAACAGUUUACGACAUGGAAUUUCUUGCAGAUCUAAUGGAUGGUCCCGAGCUGAUCCGAAAUGUCACACUCUGUGGUCACCUUCAUCAUGGCAAGACUUGUUUUGUAGAUUGUCUGAUUGAGCAGACACACCCAGAAAUCCGGAAGAGGGAUGAUGUAGAUCUCCGGUACACAGACAUCCUCUUUACAGAGCAAGAGAGAGGAGUUGGCAUCAAAAGCACUCCUGUCACGAUGGUCCUGCCCGACUCCAGAGGAAAAUCCUAUUUGUUCAACAUCAUGGAUACUCCAGGUCACGUGAACUUCUCUGACGAGGUCACAGCAAGCAUGAGGAUCUCAGACGGUGUUGUCCUCUUCAUCGAUGCAGCAGAGGGAGUGAUGCUGAACACAGAGCGUCUGAUCAAACACGCCGUUCAGGAGCGCAUGGCCAUCACCAUCUGCAUCAACAAGGUGGAUCGUCUCAUCGUGGAGCUCAAAUUGCCUCCUACAGAUGCAUAUUAUAAACUUCGUCACAUUGUGGAUGAGGUCAACGGUUUGCUCAGUACGUACUCCACAGACGAGAACCUGGUGGUGUCUCCCCUCCUUGGAAAUGUCUGCUUCGCCAGCUCUCAGUACAGCAUUUGCUUCACUCUCGGAUCCUUUGCGAAGAUCUACUCUGACACACACGGAGAUAUCAACUAUAAUGAAUUUGCCAAGAGACUCUGGGGAGACAUUUACUUCAAUCCCAAAACUCGUAAGUUCACUAAGAAAGCUCCCAGCAGUAACUCUCAGCGCAGCUUUGUGGAGUUUAUCCUGGAGCCUCUCUACAAGAUCCUCUCACAGGUUGUCGGGGAUGUGGACACAUCCCUGCCCCGAGUUCUGGAUGAGCUGGGGAUCCACCUGUCGAAGGAGGAACUGAAGCUGAACAUCAGACCUCUGCUGAGGCUGGUCUGUAACCGCUUCUUUGGAGAAUUCACCGGUUUUGUGGACAUGUGUGUGCAACAUGUCCCAUCACCACAAGAGGGCGCUAGGAUUAAGAUAGAGCACACCUACACUGGAGGCCUGGAUUCAGACCUGGGGGAGGCCAUGGCAGAAUGUGACCCUGAUGGUCCUCUCAUGUGCCACACCACUAAAAUGUACAGCACUGAGGACGGGGUGCAGUUUCACGCAUUCGGGCGUGUUCUGAGUGGUACCAUUCAGGCAGGUCAGCCCGUUAAAGUUUUGGGGGAGAACUAUUCUCUGGAGGAUGAGGAGGACUCUUCCGUCUGCACCGUCGGCCGCCUCUGGAUCUCUGUGGCCAGGUACCAAAUUGAGGUGAAUCGAGUGCCAGCAGGAAACUGGGUGCUUAUCGAAGGCUGUGACCAGCCGAUCGUGAAGACGGCCACAAUCACAGAACCCAGAGGGAACGAAGAGGCUCAAAUCUUCAGGCCAUUAAAGUUCAACACAGCAUCGGUUAUCAAGAUCGCAGUGGAGCCGGUGAACCCGUCAGAGCUGCCGAAAAUGUUGGACGGCCUGAGGAAGGUCAACAAGAGCUACCCUUCCCUGACCACAAAGGUGGAAGAGUCUGGAGAGCAUGUUAUCCUAGGAACUGGAGAGCUGUACCUGGACUGUGUGAUGCACGACCUGAGGAAGAUGUACUCUGAGAUCGACAUUAAAGUUGCAGACCCGGUCGUCACGUUCUGUGAAACCGUUGUGGAGACAUCGUCUCUGAAGUGCUUUGCCGAGACGCCAAACAAAAAGAACAAGAUCACCAUGAUUGCAGAGCCCUUGGAGAAGGGACUCGCGGAGGACAUCGAGAACGAAGUGGUGCAGAUCACGUGGAACAGGAAAAAGCUGGGGGAGUUUUUCCAGACAAAGUACGACUGGGAUCUGCUGGCUGCAAGGUCCAUCUGGGCCUUUGGACCGGACACAACAGGACCCAACAUUCUCGUGGACGACACGCUGCCGUCAGAGGUGGACAAGGCGCUGCUCGGCUCGGUUAAAGACAGCAUCGUUCAGGGGUUUCAGUGGGGAACCAGGGAGGGCCCCCUGUGUGAUGAACCCAUCAGGAAUGUCAAGUUUAAGAUCCUGGAUGCUGUGAUCGCUCAGGAGCCUCUGCACAGAGGAGGAGGUCAGGUCAUCCCCACAGCCAGGAGAGUGGUGUACUCUGCCUUUCUCAUGGCGACGCCGAGGCUGAUGGAGCCGUACUACUUUGUGGAGGUUCAGGCUCCAGCAGACUGUGUUUCGGCAGUCUACACAGUGUUGGCUCGAAGAAGGGGCCACGUCACCCAAGAUGCUCCGAUUCCCGGCUCCCCUCUUUACACGAUUAAGGCUUUUAUUCCCGCCAUCGACUCGUUUGGCUUUGAGACGGACCUCCGCACUCACACGCAGGGCCAGGCUUUUGCUUUGUCUGUGUUCCACCACUGGCAGAUCGUACCCGGAGACCCCCUGGACAAGAGUAUCGUGAUCAGGCCUCUGGAGCCCCAGCCUGCCCCCCAUCUGGCCCGAGAGUUCAUGAUCAAGACCCGAAGACGCAAGGGUCUAAGCGAAGAUGUGAGUAUCAGUAAAUUCUUCGACGACCCCAUGUUGUUGGAGCUGGCAAAACAAGACGUGGUGCUCAACUACCCAAUGUGAGAUGCCUGCUUGCCCCAACCUUCACCAGUGGAUCCUGCUUCUGCUUCAGAGAGAUCCCCACAAACCACCUCCUACUGUUUUCAGCAUUUUCUUAUUUGUCUCUUCUAUUUUUUAUAUGUACAAAUGAUCUUUUUUUUUGUAGUAAACUUCUUGAAUUAAACAUCUUCGAAUGUUAAAUGUGUUUCCUGUCUGAAUAAAAGAUUUUUACUCAAA